AUGUCUCUCUGGGUAUUCAAUGUUGACACCUUCACCGAGGACAGUUCUUCACUACUCCCGGUCAUCUUAUUCGUAGUUUUUCUUCUUCUUCUCCUCGUUGGUGUCGGAAUUGUCGUCGUCUACCGUUUCUGCUUUCGUCGGUCGGAAUCCGAUCGUGACGUUGAGUAUGGUGGCGUGCCGAGGAAUGAACGGGAAUCGCUGUGGCUAAAGUUGAUGAAGCAAGAAUUGGAAAGUCUAAAGAAUAAUUACAAAAAAGUUGUGGAGUCGGAAGCCAAGAAAGAGGAGGAGUUGUUAAAAUUGAAGGAAGAAUCGACUCUGGAAAAAGAGAAAAAUCGGGAGACAAUUCUCACGUUGAAGGCUGAAAAUGCGGCGAAUGAGAGAGUAAUUCAACAGCUACUCGAUAAAUUGACACCAAUUAGUAGCAAUGAAGACCGUCAAAAGUCCAUCCAUUUCCUUCAACCAACCCAGUGA